CUGUGGUACAGAAUGAUCUUCCAAAUGAAGCUGGAAAAAUGCAAUUUUCAAAGAAUAAUAUUAUCACUGGCCGCCCUCCUUCACCUUUGAUGUGGAAAAAUCGCCAUGCGUGGAAUGAGGUCCCUAAGGAAAACGAAUCUGGUUUUCUAGAAGGAUCAUUUGGGAAGAACAAUACAGUAUCUAAUAAAGGGAAUGCACCAUCAGUCGUUUCCGGAAGUUCAAAACCACCAGCCAAAGCCUCUAAAUUUCCUGAAAAACCUAUUAAUAAGUCUGCAGAUAGACGUGACGGUUCAUAUAAUAAAAACUUUACGUUAGCAUCUGGUGAAAGUGACAUGGUCAAUUGCCUCCGGGGGAACAGAUUUCAUGUUGAAUAUAGUGAAACAUAUCUGAAGGGGGAUUCGGAAUCAUUAAGAAGAAAGAACCUAAACUAGAAGACAAUGGGAAUUGUCAUCACCAGGUUGCAUGAGGACAAGAAAAUAUGCCCGACAGAUAAGCAUGGGAAAUAUGAAAAUGACGGGAAAUGAAGGUGCUAGCCAUUUACUCAAUCUUGGUGGUAAUUAUGCUGAUACAGAGAUUGAUGAUGUUGGUGAAUGUGAAAUCGUCUGGGAAGAUCUUGUCCUCGGUGAAAGGAUUGGACUAGGUUCCUAUGGAGAGGUCUACCAUGCUGAUUGGAAUGGCACUGAAGUUGCUGUGAAGAAGUUUCUUGACCAGGAUUUCUCAGGUGCUGCAUUGGACGAGUUCAAGAGAGAAGUACGGAUAAUGCGUAGGUUACGCCAUCCAAACAUAGUUCUUUUUAUGGGGGCAGUAACUCGCCCACCAAACCUUUCCAUCAUAACUGAAUUUCUGCCUCGUGGACCUCAGUCGUUCCUUUGUCAUUGUUUGUUUUCCAGUGGAAGCUUGUACCGGAUCAUUCACCGCCCUCAUUGUCAAAUUGAUGAAAAGAUGAGAAUUAAAAUGGCUCUGGAUGUGGCUAAAGGCAUGAACUGCUUACACACAAGCAUGCCGACAAUUGUCCACCGUGAUUUAAAAUCUCCCAAUCUCUUAGUGGAUAAUAACUGGAAUGUGAAGGUGGGUGAUUUCGGACUGUCACGCUUGAAGCAUAAUACAUUUUUGUCUUCUAAGUCUACUGCAGGGACGCCCGAGUGGAUGGCUCCAGAAGUUCUUCGAAAUGAGCCUUCAAAUGAAAAGUGUGACGUAUAUAGCUUCGGUAUUAUUCUAUGGGAACUUGCAACACUCAAAUUGCCUUGGAGCGGAAUGAACCCUAUGCAAGUUGUAGGUGCAGUCGGUUUCCAGAACCGCCGUCUUGAUAUCCCAAAAGAUGUCGAUCCUCGGGUUGGAAGGAUUAUAUGGGAAUGUUGGCAGACGGAUCCAAAUUUGCGACCCUCUUUCGACCAGCUCUGUGUGGCGCUAAAGCCUUUGCAGCGGCUCGUGGUUUCUUCACAUGUAGAGCAAUCAACUUCAUCUCUGCCACAAGAGAUCCCAGUAAAUUCUACACCUUGAGACUUCUUUCAUUUCUGCAAGUGUGAAAAGUAUAGCAAAAUGAUGUUUCCCUAUUGAAGUGAAUGGGAUUUUGAUCUGUAAAUCUAUGAAUUGUGUCACCUGUACUGCAUUCUUGUAUAGUCAAACAUAAGUCUUUUUGGCCCUCCAAAAAAAAAAACAAAAAACAUUAGUCUUUUUCCCAAAAGGCCUAACUUCACUUGUAAUGUAUAUAUUGGUCAUUUUGUUCUCGUUUAAUAUAUUUUCUUCAAUA